UUUUCGAUAUCUAAAAAUGGCGACUCAUUUAAUAAAUCUUAAUUUUACUCUUCUUAGAAACACAAAUAACAACGGAUAUUUGAGGUUUUUCAAACAAUGGAGAUCAACAGCAACACGUUGUCUCAAUGAAGCGCUUAUUAAUCAACCACCAACUGAAAUUACUACAUUAGAUAAUGGAAUGAGAAUAGCUAGUGAAAAUAGUGGUGCAGCGACUGCAACUAUAGGUCUAUGGAUUGAUGCUGGAAGUCGAUACGAAAAUGAUGAAAAUAAUGGUGUAGCCCAUUUUAUGGAACACAUGGCUUUUAAGGGAACAACUAAACGUUCACAAACUGAUCUCGAACUAGAAAUCGAAAACAUGGGAGCACAUUUAAAUGCUUAUACUAGUCGAGAACAAACAGUUUUUUAUGCUAAGUGUUUGAAACAGGAUGUUCCAAGGGCUGUAGAAAUUCUCAGUGAUAUUAUUCAAAAUUCGAAAUUAGGAGAAAGUGAAAUAGAACGUGAACGAGGAGUUAUUUUAAGAGAAAUGCAAGAGGUAGAAACAAACUUGCAAGAAGUAGUUUUUGACCAUUUGCAUUCAAUUGCAUAUCAAGGAACCCCACUUGGAAGGACAAUUCUUGGACCAACUAAAAAUAUUAAAUCUAUUUCAAAAAGCGAUCUUCUUUCUUAUGUAAAACACAACUAUGGCCCACCAAGAUUUGUAUUUGCUGGAGCUGGUGGUGUUUGUCAUAAUCAAUUGGUUGAACUCGCUCAACAGCAUUUUGGAAAUAUGAAUGCUCCUCAUUACAAUGCGAUCCCGGAUGAAAAAUUAUCUUGCCGAUAUACGGGCUCAGAAAUUCGCGUUCGCGAUGACACAAUGCCCCUUGCGCAUAUUGCCAUCGCUGUUGAAGGUGCUGGUUGGCGGGAUGCUGACAAUAUCCCUUUGAUGGUUGCUAAUACUUUGCUCGGUUCUUGGGAUCGUAGCCAAGGUGGAGGUACUAAUAAUGCUACUAAUUUGGCUAGAAUCGCAGCAUCCGGUGAACUUUGUCACAGUUAUCAAAGUUUCAAUACGUGUUAUAAGGAUACUGGUCUGUGGGGCGUUUACUUCAUAUGUGAACCAAUGCAGUGUGAAGAUAUGAUUUGGAAUAUUCAACAACAAUGGAUUAAACUAUGUACGUCAGUGACUGAAAAAGAAGUUAAUAGGGCAAAAAAUAUUUUAAAAACAAAUAUGCUUUUACAAUUGGAUGGAACUACUGCUGUUUGUGAAGACAUUGGUAGACAGAUGUUAUGCUAUGAUCGCAGAAUUCCUCUUCAUGAACUUGAAGCUAGAAUAGAGAAUGUCACGUCUCAAUCCAUUCAUGAUGUAGGUAUGAAAUAUAUUUAUGAUCAAUGUCCAGUUAUUGCUGCAGUUGGUCCAGUUGAAAAUUUGACAGAUUAUAAUCACAUACGAAGUGCCAUGUAUUGGAUUAGAUUAUAAAAUCAUGUAUAAGUUAAAUUUCUAGAAUUAUGGCCAUUA